AUGUUAGGUGGCGACGAGAAGCUUGGGCGACCUGCGGGUGUUCUUCAUCUUGAUGAUUCCCAUCCUGAUAUCUUUAGCGCCUUUGAAGAUUUUACAAGCAUUUUCGGCUUUGGUGUGUCUAAUCUUGGCUUCAAGUAUGGUUAUCCCAACAAUCUAUCAGUCAUAAUAUUUAUAAUGAAGAGAGUAGCCAAAGUUGGCAAUGAGGAGGAGCCAAAGAUGGCAAUGAAUCGUUUUGGUCAUCAUCCACCUAUUCCUUGGCCUUCAGCCUCGAACUGCUCCUCCUCAGUCUCAAUGGCAGGGCCAUUCAUGCGCGCAAUAGGUCCAUUGCGUCUGGCUCACUCUCACUCGCGUCACUCUUGGGCCUUCUCUUGUCUCCACCCUCCUCCUGGCCCUAGCUGCUCACCUUGCUGGCUUUCGCCCCCAAACUGGUGCCUCUUGUGCCUCAACUCCUUUCUCUGUUUCCCUACUGCCGCCGUGUGA